AUGAAAGGUUUAGAAACUGAAUCCCCUCCCCAGUACAUGGCACCACCCCUCAUGAAACAUCCUUCAAGCGCUCCUAUCCAAGCUAUUAGCCAAUCAUCUUCAAGGACUAAGAAUUUCACCAAUGACGUGUCUUACCAAGAGUUUUUCCGAAACAUGCUACUCAACUCUUCUCUGAACGGGGUUUCGAAGAUUGGAAUGUCUCAGAAUUAUGUACGAAGUCUUGUUUGGACAGUGGUAUUGAUCACAGGGAUUGUAGGCUGUGUAUACCAGAGUUUGGAAUUCUUCCGCGCUUACAAACAGUACCCUGCCGUUGUGCAACUUGAAGUUCAAACAGAGCGCACCCUGGAGUUUCCUGCAGUAACCGUAUGCAAUCUGAACACAGUGAGAAAAACUGCCUUUUUCUGCAAACUGAUGCCCUACUUGGUUAAACGAAAACUUUGUGAAGAAAUGAACAUCACGGUCAUGAAUCCAAGGGACUUAUCCAGGAUUCAGUCUAUUUACGACUUAGAAGAAAACGUUACAAUAUCCCAUUUCUACUUGCCAGCCCCGUACAGUGACAACUGUAGUGAUUCUGUUAUUCUGAAUCCAGCUGAUUCUCGACAGAAAGGAGGCUACACAGAAGAGCGAUGUAGGGAAAAUUGUCGACAAAAGACCAUCAGGGAGAAAUGUGGGUGUGCCUUGCCAUUUUUCCAAAAGGAUCCAGGAACUGAAAACUGUGUCUUUAGCACCAAAUAUCAAGCAUUUGAUACCUGUAUUAAAAAUGUGGAGCCUCGGUGUGAUUGUCAACGCCCAUGUUAUAAGGUCCAUUACAGUACAACCAUUUCUUCGUCAAACUGGCCUGGCGGUGAACUUAACGAUUAUUACAGGAAAAUUGGAUUUCAGAACAUGGAAGAAGCAAGAGGAAAUAUGACUAGGUUAAAAGUUUACUACCAAACACUGGAUCACCUGAUUUACAAGAACAAUCCUAAAUACGAGCCUAAUGAGAUCUUGAGUGUACUUGGAGGAUUCACUGGAUUAUGGCUCGGCGUUUCAUUGGUAGCACUCUUUGAAUGCUUAGAAAACUUUGUAACAACAGUUUCGUUUUUCAGUAAACGGCAACUUGUUCACAGACGACUCCAGAACGUUCAGCCAGUAACCAACAAGGUCGAUAAAAUUCGAUACUAA